AUGAAAACCUGGCUAUAUCUAGCAUUUGUAUUAAACCUAUUGAGCAACAUACAAGGUGACACUAAAGUUAUACGUGAGGUCAACAUUUUGUUUGAUGAUACCUUUCGCCAAGAAACUUUCUCUUUGAAAAACGAAGAAGAAUUGAUUAUAGCGGGUACACUUAUGCAGAAAAUAUAUCCCAAAGAUAAUAUAGAGUUUGUAUAUCGCUUUGAAACAAUUUAUGUGGCCGAUAAAAAUGGUUAUCGGGUGAAAUUUAAAUUAAUACGUGAACCCAACGUACAAGUUGUUUUACAAUUGAAUCCUUCAACAUUGAAAUCAGCAGCGGGUUAA